CGAACUCGGAUCGAGUCGAACGUUAGUAAUUAAAGUAGUUUCACGUCUAUAAAACCUCCGCCGAGAAAUGCCGGUUGAACGGAUCGGAGCUGGUGGCUGAAAAUGUCUUCAAAGUCUGAUGAUCCAGAAACUCCCGUGUGCUGGCUGGAAGAUGAAUGCCUGCCAGAUGUUUCCCUCCUUGAUGACACGGAUGAUUCCCCUCUUCCUGCCAGCAUGCCUGCUACACCUGUAACAGGCGGAUCUAUGAGCAGCAGGUUUACCUUCCUCCAGUCCUCCCAGUUGAGUUCCUCCAGUCCAGCCCCUGAUGUGAAGAUGGUUGAUCUCUCUGAGAGUGUGUAUGCCCCCGAGCGCUGGCUGGAUUCCCGAUACUUCCCAGAAAUUACUCUCCUUGAUGUCACAGGUGAAUCAUCUCCUAUGGAGGUCACACUGGAGGGUGUUCUGGAGAACAAUAGGCCUUCACUGGAGCCCAGUGGAUCACACAUGGUAAAGAUGCAAACAUCGGCUGAAGAAGCAUUUGAUCAUCAGUCUCCGAAUGUCACUCAGGACAUGCGUUCCUCCAGUGCUGCAUCACAGCUCUCCACUUCUGACGUGCAGUGCAACACUAGUUCAAAUAAUGUCACCUUGGAGCUUCGCGCUGACCCUCUGGUGACCUCGAGAGCUGUGGAAGCUCACGACGAAGACCCGAUGACCAGCCUCGAUGCUGAGUUUACCAGCAAGGAGAUGCGACCGAGCCCAGAAACAUCUGGGUCCUCCAACAACACGUUGACCUCUCUCCAGUCCUCCCAGUUGAGUUCCUCCAUCAGUUUUAUCGCCACCGCUCGGAUACCUCUGAAUACAACACUGGAUCUUCCCCCAUGUAAUGUAAAUCCUCCCGAAGCGGAGAGGAAGGCUGCUUCAGUCUCGAAGAACACCACCGAGACGUCCCUCGUCAUGAAUCAAACCCUCUCUCCUGAUGGGCAGAACGCCACUGUUGAUGGACGCUCUCUUCACAAACCCAGCGGCGAUACUUUUUCAGGGGAUGCCGGCGACGCAAUCGUUGGCCUUCAGAACAUCACUUUCGAUAUUAAACCGGAGCAGUACGACACGUUUAUCUCUACAGAAAAGAGCGCGAGUGACGGUUGCCAAAAUACCUUCGACGCUUCCACUCCUCCUGUGUUCUGUAAUUCAACAAGUAGCCCGAAAGAAAUCCAUUCUGAAGCCCACCAUAAAGGGACAUUAUCUAGUCCAGACCCUAAUCCCAAGACGGUUGACACCCCUGAGAGCACAUGUGAAGGUAAUCCGUCUGUUGAGGCUUCUGGAGCUGGCCAAAGUGACACUAGGGAUCAAUCACAAUCGGGUCGGCCUUCUGCAGAUGGUCUCUCCGGCACUCUGGGCCAUCAAAACAUGGAUGUGGAGAACGACAAUGCAAACCCAUUAAAUUUGGAUGAUACCUUGGAUUUGAGGGCAGACUUUUUGAUCACGUCAACACCAAUGGCUACCUGUGACACGUUAAGCGUGUACAUACAGGAGGGCAAACUCACAGCGGGACAGAGAAGGCUGGAUGGGCACGGUGCCAGGAAGCCAGAUGGUCAGUUUCCAUCGGAUGGCCCAUCAAACAUCGCCUGUGAACGGAAAACGUUCUUGAGACCUCAAGCCGCUAAAUCCCGUUUGCCGACGCCGAGAGGUGCGUCCCAGCUGCUGAGACACAAGCCGGCCUCCGCGCUGCCAGGGAGGUUUGAUGCGUUGACGUCGGGCCUGCCCGUGACGAGACAAAGAACCCAGGCUUUCAGAAACCCCGCUGCUCCUAACGCACCCCAGACAUCAGGAUUGCCGAGCGCAUACAAGAUGCGUGCUUCAACAACCGCAGCUACUAACCCGAGGACACUCAAGCAACCCCUAUCUCGAGGUGUAUUGCCAAUAACAAAAGGGAAAAAAAUAGACGCUGCGGUGCCAGCAACUCCUGCUGCUGAAAUGUCAACACCUUGCAGCGCUGUGAGCAGAGCUCGAUCCCUGAAACGGCCUGCGAGCAGCCAUAGAGCUCCGCUUGUGAAAGCCAAAGGCCAUGAUUGCGCCAACUGCGUGACGCUCGAAAACAGACUCAAAAUACAAUCGGAAGAAAUUGGGAGACUCAAAGAAGAGCUGCUGAUGGAAAAAAAGGCAAAUGACGCUUUAAAAAAGGAAAAUAAAUAAAAUUGUGAAUAGUUACAAUGUUUGAAAAUAAAGAUCGUAAAUUAUCUGA